AUGGACAGAGCCCUGACCCGGCGAGCCGUCUGGGUCCAUGACAGUUUUGCAUUGCAUCGGCCGCAGACCUCUUCCCGCACUGCUGAGUUCGCUCAUCGAGUCGCUUUCGACAAAUUUUGUGAGGACAUGCAGACACAGCAGGAACCGCUGGCCGAGCAGUUGGCCCGAGAAGCCUGGGCUCGCCAUGACAUCGACAACCUCGAUGCUGCUUCUUUGACGCCUUCGGAAUCUGGAGAUGUCGGGGAAGAACGCGACCCUCACACCGUCUUCGCUGGUCUAUCCGAUGAACGCAAAGAAGCCUUGGCUGCCGGAUCCAGCUGGGAGGCACCGACCAGGAUGCAUCGUGCUCCCUCUGAGCCGCCGGCUACAGAUUCGGACCGGGGCCAUGGUGAUUGGUUGCGCGGCCUCAGUGGCCGUCUCGAUGACGUUGAGAGAUUUUGCGGGUCAAUCAUCGACCCCCGGUUCUCUCGUAGUCUUCAUGCUCGCUUACUCCGAGUGGAGCGCCUGCUGAACGUCCCUGAGCAGUAG